CGCGACCUGGUCACCGAGGUGGACAAGGCAAUUGAGAAGUUCAUCUUCGAGCGGCUGAAGGCAGCCUACCCCGAGGGGCACGUCUUCAUCGGCGAGGAGUCGGCGGGCACGGCGAAUCGCAUCACCUCCGACGCCCCGACCUGGAUCGUCGACCCCAUCGACGGGACGAUGAACUUCACGCACACCUACCCGCUGGUCUCCGUAUCGAUCGGCCUGGCCGUCGAGCGGCAGCUGGUGAUGGGCGUCAUCUACGCGCCCUUCCUCGGCAAGCUCUACACGGCCAUCAAGGGACGAGGGGCCCGCUGCAACGGUAGCCCAAUUCACGUCAGCCAGGGCGUGCACCGGCUCUCCGAGGCGCUGGUUUUCAGCGAGGUGGCCUUCUUCGGCGGCGAGCACCACCGAGCCUACAUGCGGCGCCUUUUUGAGCAGGUCCUCUGGAAGGCCAGCUCGGUGCGGAUGAUCGGCAGCAGCUGCUGCUGUCUGGGGCUGCUGGCGGAGGGCGCCGCCGACCUCUUCCUCCACGCCGGCCUCUGCAUCUGGGACAUGGCCGCCGGGGCGGUCAUUGUCACCGAGGCCGGCGGCGUCCUGCGCACCAUCAACGGCGACCCCUUUGACCCCCACGGACGAAGCCUUCUGGCGGCCUCCAGUGAGGCGCUGAUUGAAGAGGUGGCCCCGCAUACGGCUAUCAUCAGAAAGAAAGAAUAA